AUGCCGCAGUGUGAAGCGUGUUUUUUGCCGUUGAUCGUUGGCUUGGCUAAGGCCAUGGGAGUGCAGGCUCUCAUCGAGCUCUGGGAGGUGACAUUGUCGGAGAGCGGCUUUCGCAAAAGAGCAGCAGAAGCAUCAAGAGAUAGAACGAAGCUGAAUAGCAGGCGUGGCCCACUCGGCACAGGCAGGUGUGGACACUGGCGCCGAUUUCAAGAGCAUUAUGAGAUUAGCAACACCUCAGCACCUGUCGUGGAGUCAAUGGCAAUGGAAGCAGCUUGGCAGGUCACACACCUUCUGCCAACUUCAGCCUCGAACGGUAUCACUCCCAGCUUUUCCUUUCUCAAGCUGUUGAGGCUACGCGAAGGCACUGAUCAUGACAGAGCUUGA